AUGGCUGAGAAGCGACUACAACAGUCGCAGUACGAGUACCAUGCGAAUGCCAACUUGGUACUCCAAGCAGAUCGGUCACUGAUUGAUCGCCGCGCGCGCGAUGAGGCCACCGGCGAAGUCCAGACCCUGCGGGGUAAGCUCACGAGCAUGCGCAUGGGCGAUCGCGCUGCUCGUGCUGCUCCCACUGACCUCGAAGAGCGCAAGAAACGCCGUGCCGACAAGGCCGCCCGCGCUGCCAAGUCAGCUAAAAUCUCGGCUUCAGUUCUCACCGACGCCCUGGACAUGAACUUGAAGUACCGGCCCAAGACCACCGAAACUCAGCACGUUUACGAGCUGAUUCUUAGUUUUAUCACAGAUUACCUCGGUAGCCAGCCCCAGGAUAUCCUCAUGGGCGCUGCCGAUGAGAUUAUCAUUCUUCUCAAAGAUGAAUCGAUGAAGACAAAAGAAAAGCGCGGCGAGGUGUCCUCACUGCUCGGGCAAAGGUUGAGCGAGGAGGGCUUUACUCGUCUCGUAUCCCUCUGCAACCGCAUUGAUGACUUCCAGGACGAAGAGGAGGAGGCUGCUGCCGGCGAGGAAUUUGAUGACGACGCUGGCGUAGCCCUCAUCUUUGAUCGCGACGAGGAAGAUGAAGAUGAACAGGCUGAUGCCAUGGAUGAUGAUCUCGAUGUGGUCCGCGACCAAGACGAGUACGAAGAUGAAGAGGAAGGCGAGGAAGCCGACGAUACACAGGCCGUUUCGGCCAACCUGGGCGCUAUUGGUGCGGCCAACGCUGCCGAUCUGGUGCGCCCGGCCGACGUUGAUGCUUACUGGCUGCAGCGUGAGCUCGGUAAAUACACCAAAGACGCCGAGGAGUCGCAGUCUUUGGCCGACGAAACUUUGAAGGUUCUGCAAGAGGCCAAGGAUGACCGCGAGUGUGAGAACAGCCUUGUCACCGUCCUUGGCUUUGACAAGUUUGAGUUUGUCAAGCUCUGUCGCAAGAACCGCAAUGUCAUCCUUUACUGUACCCUCCGUGCCCGCGCCAAAUCCGAUCAGGAGCGCAAGGCCAUCGACGCCACUAUGGCACAAGACCCUGAUCUGGCCCCCAUCCUCAAGGAACUGCGUGAAGGCCAGUCGGUGGAUAAGGCAGCAGAGGCGAAGGCCCGUCGUGAGGCUCAGCGCCAGGAGAAACUGGAUGCCCCACUUGACGUGCUGGACGUGGACAUGGAGCGUAAACCGACACAGGUCCUCAAUCUUGAAGAAAUUGCCUUUCAACAAGCUGGUCAUCUCAUGUCCAACAAAAAGGUGGUCCUGCCGCCUGGCUCCACCCGUACCCAAUUCAAGGGCUACGAAGAAGUUUCCGUACCGGCGGCUAAAUCCAAGCCCCGCGGUGAUAAUGAGAAGGACGUUCAGAUUGAUUCCCUGCCCAGUUGGGCUCAAAAAGGCUUUCUCGGCUUUAAGGCCCUCAAUCGUGUGCAGAGCCGUCUCUUUCCAUGCGCCUUUGGCAGCGACGAGAAUCUGCUGCUUUGUGCCCCAACUGGUGCUGGUAAAACAAACGUGGCCAUGCUGACUGUGCUGCGCGAGAUUGGCAAGCACGUGCGUGAGGACGACUCGGUCGACCUUGAAUCCUUUAAGAUUAUCUACAUUGCGCCCAUGAAGUCCCUCGUGGCGGAAAUGACCGGUAGCUUCCGUAAGCGCCUCGAGCCGUAUGGUUUGCGUGUCGAGGAGCUCACCGGUGAUCAAAGCCUCACUCGGGACCAGAUCUACAAUACCAACCUUCUGGUCUGCACCCCCGAGAAGUGGGACGUUAUCACGCGAAAGGGUGGCUUUGAGGGCAUCGUGGGUCUGGUCAUCAUUGAUGAAAUUCAUCUGCUGCAUGACAGCCGUGGUGCGGUGUUGGAAAGUAUUAUUGCGCGCCACCUUCGUCAGGUUGAGCAGGGUGGCGAACGCCUGCGUCUGGUUGGCCUCUCUGCGACUCUGCCAAACUACGAGGACGUGGCCACCCUCCUGCGGGUCGAUCCCAGCAAGGGCCUCUUCUUCUUUGAUGGCAGCUAUCGCCCUUGUCCUCUGCAGCAGCAGUACAUUGGUAUCACCGAGCGCAAGGCCAUCAAACGUUUUCAGCUCAUGAAUGAGAUUGUCUAUGACAAAGUCAUGCUCAGUGCUGGCAAGAAUCAAAUCCUCAUCUUCACUCACUCUCGCAAGGAUACGGCAAAGACUGCACAAACGAUCCGCGACAUGUGCAUGGAAAAGGACACGCUGGGUGCCUUCAUGCGCGAGGACUCUGCUUCGGUCGAGAUCCUGCGUCGUACCACGGAAGAGGAUACUAAGAACAAGGACCUCAAGGACCUCCUCCCAUACGGCUUUGCUUGCCAUCACGCUGGCAUGAAUCGCAAGGACCGCACCCUUGUUGAGGACUUGUUUGCCGAUGGCCACAUCCAAGUCCUUGUGUCCACGGCCACCUUGGCUUGGGGUGUCAACUUGCCCGCACAUACCGUCAUCAUCAAGGGCACACAAGUGUACUCUCCUGAAGCCGGUGGUUGGACUGAACUCAGCCCCCUCGACGUGUUGCAGAUGCUGGGUCGUGCGGGUCGCCCGCAAUACGAUCGCUUUGGUGAGGGCAUCCUCAUUACCUCUCAGACAGAGCUACAGUACUAUCUUUCGCUUCUGAACGAGCAGUUGCCCGUUGAGAGCCAAUACGUCAAGCAUUUGGCCGACAACUUGAACGCCGAAAUUGUUGCUGGCACCGUGCAAAACCUCGACGAAGCCAUUACCUGGCUAAGCUUCACCUACCUGUACAUUCGCAUGCUUCGGAACCCCAUCCUGUAUGGUGUGCCUCGUGAGGCCGUGGAAAACGAUCCGAAACUGGAACGUUUCCGUCGAGAUUUGCUGCACACAGCCGCCCUUACGCUCGACAAGUCCGGUCUGAUCAAAUACGAGAAGAAGACGGGCACCUUCCAGUCGACUGACCUCGGCCGCAUCGCUUCGCACUACUACUGCACCCACGGUACCAUGGCGACCUACAACAGUUUGUUGAAGCCCACAAUCAACGAGAUUGAAUUGCUGCGCAUUUUCAGCCGCUCAAGCGAGUUCAGCCUGAUUCGCGUUCGCAAGGAGGAGAAGCUCGAACUGCAAACGCUCAUGGAGAAGGUGCCCAUUCCCGUCAAAGAAGGCAUUGAAGAGCCGACGGCCAAGGUCAACGUGCUCCUACAGGCUUACAUCUCGCAACUCAAGCUUGAGGGCUUGGCGCUCAUGUCUGAUAUGGUGUACAUCACCCAGUCUGCGGGCCGCCUGCUGCGCGCAAUCUUCGAGAUUGUUCUCCGCCGUGGUUGGUCACAGCUGACGGAUCGCAUGCUCAAUCUUUGCAAGAUGGUUGAUCGUCAGCAGUGGCAGAGUAUGUCACCCCUGCGUCAGUUUGAUAAGCUCAACAAGGCCGUUGUCCAAAAACUUGAGAAGAAGGAACUGCCUUGGGCUCAGCUGAUGGAACUGUCACCAAAUGCGUUGGGCGAGUUGAUUCGCCAGCCAGCGGCUGGCAAGACGCUGCAUCGCUACAUCCACCAGCUGCCCAAGCUCGAGUUGAAUGCCAGUGUGCAGCCCGUGACUCGCAACACGCUCAAGGUCAUGCUGACUAUCACGGCAGAUUUCCGCUGGGACGAUGCCAUCCAUGGCAACCAACAAUCCUUCUGGAUCUUCGUGGAGGACGUGGAUGGGGAGAAUAUCUUGCACUCUGAGUACUUUGCUUUGAAGCGUCGUUACCUCGAGGUCGAUCAUUAUCUCAGCUUUUACGUGCCUGUGGGUGAUCCCAUGCCGCCUCAAUACUUUAUCCGCAUUGUAUCGGACCGCUGGCUGGCUUCCGAAACAGUACUUCCUGUUUCGUUCCGCCACCUGAUUCUGCCCGAGAAGUUUCCUCCCCACACUGAACUGCUCGAUCUGCAGCCCCUGCCUAUUACAGCGCUUAAGAAUCAGCAGCUCCAGCGUCUAUACGCGCCGCGCUUCAAAUACUUCAACCCCAUCCAGACACAAGCGUUCUCAGCGCUCUUCGAGUCGGACGAAUCCGUGUUUGUGGGUGCCCCCACGGGCAGUGGCAAGACCGUGUGCGCUGAGCUCACGCUGUUGCGCGCCUUUGGGUUGCGUCCGGACAGCAAGGCCGUCUACGUCGCAGCCACACAGGCCAUCUGUGAUCAGACAGCGGCCGCUUGGCGUGAUCUGUUUGGCGCCAAGCUGGGCAAGACCGUUGUCUCCCUGACUGGUGAUUCCAGCGCCGAUCUCAAGUUGGUGGGGCGAGGUGAUCUCAUUGUGGCUACGGCCGAACAAUGGGACGUCAUCUCGCGUCGCUGGAAGCAACGCCGCCAUGUUCAGGCCGUCAACUUGUACAUUGUCGAUGAGGCGCACCUUUUGGGUGGGGAUAAGGGCCCCGUUUUGGAGAUUGUCAGUUCGCGCAUGCGCUACAUGAGCAUUCAGCUUGAGAAGCCAGUCCGCAUUGUCUGCCUUGCAUCACCAGUGGCUAAUGCCAAGGAGAUGGCGGCCUGGUUGGGCAUCACCUCCUCUAACGUUUUCAACUUCCACCCCAAUGUUCGGCCCGUGCCCUUGGAGCUCGAACUGCAGGGCUUUAAUGCUGCCGACGCGAACAGCCGCAGCAUGGCCAUGGCGCGCCCCACCUACGCUUCCAUUCACCGCCACGCGCUCAACAAGCCCGUGUUGGUGUUUGUGCCGUCGCGCAAGCAAGCCCACAUUGCCGCACUUGACAUUUUCACCCAGGCCGCGUCCCAGAAUGCGGGAGGACAGUUUUUGCAUUGCAACAUGACGGACCUUCAGCCGUAUUUGGAAAAGAUCAAGGACCCUGCCUUGGCUGAGACCUUGACCAAUGGUGUGGCCUACUACCACGAGGGCGUUCACGAAUCGGACCGCUCCAUCGUUCGCCAGCUGUUCCAGGCAGGGGCCAUUCAGGUCGUCGUCGUCUCGCGGGACAUGGCGUGGGGCUUGAAUAUGGCCGCUCGUCUUGUCAUCAUUCAAGACACCCAGUUCUUCGAUGGCAAGGAGCACCGUUUUGUGGACUACCCGAUUACGGAUGUCUUGCAGAUGAUGGGUUUGGCCAGCCGUCCUGGUGUCGAUGAAAGUGGUGUUUGCGUCCUCAUGUGUCAGACCUCGAAGAAGGCCGUGUUUACCAAGUUCUUGAACGAGCCCCUGCCGGUGGAGUCCCACCUGGAUCAUGCCUUGCACGACCACUUUAAUGCUGAGAUCGUGACCAAGACCAUUGACAAUCCGCAGGAUGCGAUCGACUACCUCACCUACACCUUUUUGUACCGUCGACUGACGCAGAACCCCAACUACUACAACCUGCAUGGUGUGACGAAUCGUCAUUUGUCGGACCAUUUGUCGGAGCUGGUUGAGACGACACUUUCAGAGUUGGAAGAAUCCAAGUGCAUUGCUAUGGAUGAAGAUGAGGAGGACGUUUCACCCCUCAACCUGGGUAUGAUUGCGGCGUACUACUACAUCAACUACACCACGAUUGAACUGUUUAGCCGCAGCCUGUCAGAGAAGACCAAAUUCAAGGGUCUGUUGGAAAUCAUUUCCUCGGCCACCGAGUUUGAGGUGAUUCCCGUGCGCCAGCGCGAGGACCGUCUGCUCAAGCAGCUGGCCCAGCGUCUGCCCAUGAAGCAAAAGCCGGACGCGCUGUACACCGAUCCCCAUGUGAAGGUGAAUCUGUUGCUGCAAGCGCACUUUUCGCGCAUCCAAUUGCCGCCCGAGCUGCAAUCGGAUCAGGAGCAGGUUUUGCGCAUGGUUCUGCGUUUUGUGGCUGCGUGCGUGGACGUGCUCUCGUCGAGCUUGUGGCUCGAACCGGCCUUGGCGGCGAUGGAGCUGUCCCAGAUGAUCGUUCAGGCCACUUGGGCUUCUGACCCGCUGCUGAAGCAGGUACCGCACAUGGACACGGCGGCACUGAAGCGCGCGGCAGCCAAGGAGGUGGAGUCGAUUCUCGACCUGACCGACCUCGAGGAUGACGAGCGCAACGCCGUGUUGCAGAUGGACGGGCAGCGUCUGGUUGAUGUGAUUCAGUAUUGCAAUCGCUAUCCCGACGUGGAAGUGGCGCAUGAAGUGGACGACGAGGACGACGUGCGUGAGGGCGAGCCAGUGACGGUUACUGUGGCGCUCACGCGCGAUGAGUCGGCAAAGAAGUCACGACCGCCCGUUGGUCCCGUCUUUGCACCCUUUUAUCCCCAGCGCAAGGACGAGGCUUGGUGGGUUGUCAUUGGUGACACCACCGCUAACAAGCUCUUGGCUAUCAAGCGCGUGCCGCUCCAGUAUGAGGCUCAGGCCGCAUUGCAGUUUGAGGCCCCGGCCCCGGGUACCCACAAGCUCAAGCUUUACCUCAUGUGCGACUCCUAUUUGGGCUGCGAUCGCGAGCAUGAUUUGGUGUUGAACGUCAAGCCCGGUGAAAUGGACGCCGGGGAAGAUUAGGCUGUUCUCCCCUUGUGUCGUUUCUUUUGUUGUGUUUCAUAUUGUGACACCUUUCCGGCCUGGUCGCUGUGCGCGCGGUCACACGGGUGGGACCAUCAUGCUCUUGUCUGUUGCUCUUUUGUGUUUGGGGCUAGCGCGGGCCGAUUGUUAUAAUCUUCCCACCCUGGCCUUCCCCCUUGUUUAACUGACUCUGUCGCUCUUUUUGCUGGCCGUUGUGGCGGCCCUCGUGUUCGCACGUUACCCAUUUUAAUCGAAUCUGAAUCCGG